AUGUUUAUUUAUUGGGAAAUUAUGUUGAAGUGUUUGGUCAAUUUUUUUUCUAAUUUAUUGUACGGACAGUUUUUUGACAGCUUUUAUUUGAGCCUCUGUCAUUUUGACAGCUGUUAUUUGGGCCCCUGUCACUUUAUCACCAGUUAUUUUUACAGCUGUAAUUUUGACAGAUUUAGUUUUGGCACCUGUCAAUUGGGCAUCAGUAAUUUGAUUAUCAGCCAUUUUUACUGCUGGUAUUUCCGCACCUGUCAUUUUGACAUCUGACAUUUUGA